CGACAUUCCGCUCCUUCGUUCUGACUCCAUGCACAACGGGCGACUGGGUGGUGCUUUCCCUUUCGCUCCUCCAACUCUCGAAAUUCGCGUUGUUGGGUCAAUUGACGAGCCGGUGACCUGAGCGACGCACCUAUUGGCUCGUGAUUCAUGCAUAUUUUCUCAGCCGUCCUCUUCCGCUCUAUGCUCCUAUGAGAAACUACAGAAUAUCGCAGCCGCAAGAACUAUGGUUCAACGCGCGAGGUUGAUUAUUAUGUUACGCGCCGAAGAAUGAUACAACAAAAGUACAGCUCUGACGAAGAGUCAGUGGCAUGUUACAAGUCCGACGCCAGCACUGGGAAUCAAUGUCCGAACCAAAAGAGACUGGAGGCGUGUGAAGAGUGUGGGAGGAGAGUCACAAAGGGACAGGAGGAGAGGCUGCUACAGGUGAGCUACCAUGUCAUCUCGGAGACGCAGUUGGACUCACGUAGAUAUGUGUGUUAAAGCGGCAGUGCACUCCAUCUCAAAAGACGUCCAGUCCAAGAGCCCGGGCACCGGCACCGGCACCACCCUCCCAACCGUGGAAUCGCUCUGUCGUUUUGGCCUGCAGAUCAAGAUAGUCAACCGAAUCGUCAAUCCAGCCCCGACCGAGUAUCUGACUGCGGGCCCAUAUCGACAUGAACAGAAUGCGCUUCAGCUUCCGGUUCAAGAAAAACCAAUGCGACGACCACAACAGCGCGCCGUGCUUGCGUCUGGAACUAGGCGGCCAGGCCGCAUCCGGAGACGGCGGCGAUGUCGAUGGGGACGGCGGGGACCGCGACAAUGCCUCGUCGAUAUCGUAAUUGUCAAACUCAAACAGCUCUCCGUCAUCCGUGGAGUCCGACUCGUCGCUUGUUCCGUCGUCUUCGUCUCCGUCUACAUCAGCGUGGGGAUCGGAUGCCAAGUCGGGCACAUAGGAAUAGACCUCGCAGUCGGCGACGCCGAUGACGUCGUCGAGAAGCCGGUAAAGCGUGGGAUGGGUUCCCGAUACCACAGGAGGGGGUGCAAGGGGACUGCGGAGGAGAGAGCUUAGUGGGGAGGACGAUGUGGGCUCGGAAGAGGGGAAGAUAUCAGGGUAAGAAGGCGGGUAGGACGAAAACGUGCGUGGGGCGUUGCUCGAGCCUCCUCUGUGCGGCAGCGCAAGGGUUGUGCUCAGAGCGUUCAAAACGCUCGCGCCACUCUUCUCUUUCACGAAUUGGUUCGGUCGGACGUCGGAGAAGUCAUAGUCGGGAAAUGCGAUAUUGAGGGUAGAGAUGAGGAGGUACAUGGUCUUGCGGGCACUCUCGUCUGCAAGCGGACCGAACGGUGUCAUUUCCUGCGAGUCGGGAGGCAGCCAUGAUGGAGAAUGUGCAAUUUCGUCCUUGUAUGCGUGUUCCAGCGACUUGAAUAGCUUCUUGUCUCGCUUGAUGUUCUUACAUGAGUAAGCUUCGAUACGCGUGUGGACUGAGCAUUCCGGUCC